AUGGGAAGAGGGUUAAGGGAAAUAGUAAAGAAAGGAUUAGGAGAGAUGAGUUUCAACUCAGAAGGAGGAGUCAUUAACUGGUUUCCAGGUCACAUGGCUGCUGCUACUCGAGCUAUUCGCAGUCGACUCAAGCUCGCUGACCUCGUCAUCGAAGUCCGGGAUUCUCGUAUUCCGUUAUCUUCUGCAAAUAAUGAUUUACAGCCUCACCUCAAUUCCAAACGCCGUGUAAUCGCUCUCAACAAAAAGGACUUAGCUAAUGCUAAUGUGAUGCAUAAAUGGGUCCAUUAUUUCAACUCUUGCAAGCAAGAUUCUAUUCCAGUAAAUUCACACAGCAAGAGUUCUGUUAUGAAGCUUCUUGAACUUGUGGAGUUAAAACUGAAGGAGGUGAUUUCUAGGGAACCUACGCUCCUUGUUAUGGUGGUUGGAGUUCCCAAUGUCGGCAAAUCGGCUUUGAUAAAUUCUAUCCAUCAAAUUGCUUCUUCUCGAUUUCCAGUGCAGGAGAAAAAGAAACGAGCUACAGUAGGCCCAUUGCCUGGUGUUACUCAAGAUAUUGCAGGUUACAAGAUUGCUCAUCAGCCUAGCAUAUAUGUACUGGACACUCCAGGUGUGUUGGUUCCCAGUAUCCCAAAUAUAGAAACAGGGUUAAAGCUAGCACUUGCAGGAUCUGUGAAAGAUUCUGCUGUAGGUGAAGAGCGAAUUGCUCAAUACUUGUUGGCUGUUUUAAAUACUCGAGGCACUCCACUGCACUGGAGACACUGGAAUAACAGAAAAAUGGAUGGAAUCAAAUAUAAUUCCCAGGACAAACAUGAGUGUAAUCUUAAAGAUCUUCGGCCAAAGAGGAAGAGGCCACCAAAUUUAUCUGAUGUGCUGUAUGUUGAGGAUAUGGUUACUGAAGUGCAAUGCUCAUUGUAUAAAACUCUAGCAGAAUUCAAUGGCAAUGUGGAAGAUGAGAACGAUUUGGAGAAUCUUAUAGAACAGCAAUUUGCAGUGCUGCAAAAGGCAUUAAAGAUACCUCACAAGGCAUCCGAAGCUCGUUUGAUGGUCUCAAAGAAGUUUCUUACUCUAUUUAGGACAGGUAAACUUGGCCAUUUCAUUCUUGACAAUGUUCCUGAAACCAACUCUGUAUAAUAAUAUCUGCUGGAAUUUCAUGAUGCAGAUCAAGAAAAUAGAAUGUUGAAAUUUAAUUCUUAAUUGCAGGAUUAAAAAUUUUCGCCUAAACCAUUUAUUUAGGAAAUUUGAAUUUUUA